AUGGUUCAAUUGAGGAUUACUCAAGCUCUCAAAGAUUUUUUGACAGCAAAUAAGAAGCAUAUAAGUGGUGAUAUUGUAAACUACUCAGAAAUUAGAGAAAUCUUAAUUGGAAACAACGAAAAAAUUGCUGAGCUCUUAAAAGGCUGCAGCUUUGUAUUUGAAAAAGAUCCUGAACCCAAAAGAUCAGAUUUCAUUAAGAAGCUCGAAGAAAAGCGGAAAGAAAGAGAAUACCAGCAGAUGGUUGGAAACGUAUAUAAAAAGCCCUUAACAGGAACUGCCAAAGAAUACAAAGAAAGCUUGAGCUUCGGCAUGUCAUUUAUAUCAGUGCUCUUUCUAGGAAUGCUCUCUGGAUAUUAUCUUGGGAAAUAUUAUUUAGAGUACGAUUUUCAAGGAAGCAUGAUUGUCGGGCUAAUCGUGACUGUCAUCAGUCUUUAUGCAGAAAUCUUGCUCUACGUGCUUAAAUCGAAAAAAGAUGAUAAAAAGGUCAAGACCGAAUAA